GGGCGGGGCUUGGUGUGGCUCCUCCUUUGCCCGCCACCCUAGCUCCCAGAGUGGGGCAGGGGGUCUCCCGGCCGGGGGCUGGGUGUCCAGACACAGACGCCAGCGUGAAGAAGGGCCUGGGUCAGGGGUAGGACAGGUCCAAGAUACUGGGGUCUGGUUUUGAGCAAGGAGGCCCCACCUGCCCCUCUGUCCCCUGGGCCUGCUUCAAUUUUCUUUCGCAAGUAAAUGGCCCCUUCGCUCUGCCCCCGGAGUGCUUGAAGUUUGGUCCCAAUGCAUUCUUUGUGGCCUUUCACCAGCUGCCCGCCUGCCGCCAUGCUGCCCCUGCGCCUAUGCCGGCUGUGGCCCCGCAGCCCUCCCACCCGGCUCUUCGCAGAGGCCACUCGGCAGCGCUUUUUAGGUGUUUCUGACACAAGGAGUCUGAUGAGGACUACACUUUGAGAUGUUCUGAUCUGCACCAUUCCCAAAACACUCCGAAAGGAGGGAUGAUUUGGAGAUAGAUCUCCCUUGGUCUGGCCCCAGUAACUACUAUGAACUGUUGGGGGUGCAUCCUGGUGCCAGCCCUGAACAAAUUAAACGAGCUUUCUUCUCCAAGUCCAAAGAGCCGCUUUGUGGAGCUGAGUGAAGCGUAUCAAGUGCUUAGCCGGGAGCAGAGUCGCCGCAACUAUGACCACCAGCUUCGCUGCACAACUCCCCCAAAGUCUCCAGGAACCACAGCCCAUCCCAGGUCUGCUCAUCAAACACACAGCAGCUCCUGGACAGCCCCCAAUGCACAAUACUGGGCCCAGUUUCAUGGCGUGAGGCCUCAGGGACCAGAAUCGAGGCAGCAGCAGCACAGACACAACCAGCGGGUGAUGGGGUACUGCCUCCUGAUCAUGUUGGCAGGCAUGGGCCUGCACUAUGUUGCUUUCAGGAAGCUGGAGCAGAUGCACCGUAGCUUCAUGGAUGAAAAGGAUCGGAUCAUCACAGCCAUCUACAAUGAUACACGGGCCCGGGCCAGGGCCAACAGAGCCAGGCUCCAGCAGGAGCAAAAGCAGAGGCAGCAGCUGCAGCCACCACCGGGGCCUCCCCCAGGCCCAGGGACAGUGCCCCCAGGCACCAGCCCGUGAGCAGCUCACCUGAAUGGGGCCUGCUGUGUUUCCUCCCGGGACUCUCCACUCCCCAAAAUGCAUGCAAUAAAGUGGUUCUCUGC